CGCCCCUCCCCACCGCGCCGGGCCAGGCCAGCUGGCUUAGCCCUCUCCGGCCGGUUUAGGCUAGUUCCCGGGCGGCGCGCCGUUCCAGAACUUUCCGGGAAGCGCCGGGCUCUGUGUGAGUCAAGGGUCAAAUCACGUCAUUUCCGGGAGAGGAGGUGAAGGGUAAGUACUCUCACCUCGGCUCGCGGCCUAGAAAAGCCUAGAAAAGCCUAGAAAGAGCUCCUCUUUCCUUCCGCCUACCGGUCCGCGCGUCAGUGGCCUGCGCAGAGCCCGGGAAACGAAUCGUGGCGCGCACAGGUGCGGCCGCCCCUUUUCUGGGGGAGGGGCCGGGGGCGAGGACGAGCGCGCCUGCGCGCUAGGAGGUCUUUUUUUCGAGUUCACGUGGCAGGGGGGUCGGACUGCGGAUUUCUCCUUUCGGCGGCGGCCAGAGAGCGAGAGUACGAAGUGUUGCAACCCGAGUCAUGGCAGGACAGGCAUUUAGAAAGUUUCUUCCCCUUUUUGACCGAGUAUUAGUUGAAAGAAGUGCAGCCGAAACUGUAACCAAGGGAGGCAUUAUGCUUCCAGAAAAAUCACAAGGAAAAGUAUUGCAAGCAACGGUAGUAGCUGUUGGAUCAGGCUCUAAAGGAAAGGAUUUCUAUAAUUGGCCUGAUGAAUCCUUUGAUGAAAUGGACAGUACACUAGCUGUUCAGCAGUAUAUUCAACAGAACAUAAGAGCAGAUUGUUCCAAUAUUGACAAAAUUCUUGAACCACCUGAAGGCCAAGAUGAAGGUGUAUGGAAGUAUGAACAUUUAAGGCAAUUCUGUCUUGAGCUAAAUGGACUUGCUGUCAAACUUCAGAGUGAAUGCCAUCCAGAUACAUGCACUCAGAUGACAGCAACUGAACAAUGGAUUUUUCUUUGUGCAGCUCAUAAAACACCAAAAGAGUGUCCUGCUAUAGACUAUACUAGACACACACUUGAUGGUGCUGCAUGUCUUCUGAAUAGCAAUAAAUAUUUUCCCAGCAGGGUUAGCAUAAAGGAAUCAUCUGUAGCAAAACUAGGAUCAGUAUGCCGUAGGAUUUACAGAAUAUUUUCACAUGCUUAUUUUCAUCACCGGCAGAUAUUUGAUGAAUAUGAAAAUGAAACAUUUUUGUGUCAUCGGUUUACUAAAUUUGUGAUGAAAUAUAAUUUGAUGUCCAAGGAUAACCUGAUUGUACCAAUUUUAGAAGAAGAAGUUCAGAAUUCAGUUUCUGGGGAAAGUGAAGCAUGAAGGGAAUCAUAUAGAAAAAAAUGUACUGAUCACAUAAUUAACAUUAAUUAUGUACUGUAUAUAUAUCAUUUUAGACACAUCAUUCACGUAUCCAUAUUAUAGCUUCUUUGUUUAGUAUAGGUUUUUGUAUGCUGAGUGUUGCCUUUUAAAAUGGGAAAUACUUUUUAAGUUAUUCAUGAGCUGUAUAUUCACUGGUGUGGCACUCAUCGUUUUUAAAUAAGAUUAGUAUUAUCUGUUUAUAAUGCCCGUUAAUAAAAGAAUUUACAGUUUGGUAAAAUUGCUGCUAAACAAUCAUUGGAUCACAAUCCUCAUCAAAUAAACACAUCUAUGAAAAAGAUGAGUGAGCUUGAGGUUUCACACAAGCCAUUUACUAAAGAGAUAGUAAUGUUUUCCUUUGGUUUUAUACCUGAGUUUUGAUAUUCUAGAAAAUUCUGUACCACAUAGUUCAGUCUUAACUGUUAAGUUUUCCAAAGUGAGAUAAAAGUGUUUUUAAAUUCUGUUUAUACUUUUUGAUAUAUAUAUAUGAUUAUGUGUAUGUCCAAAUAUAAAUGCAAAUGAAGCAUUAGUAAUACUUAAAUAAUCUUACUAUGCUACAUAAAGUAUAUUCUAGACCAGCAUACUUGGAAAGGAUUUAUCUUUCUGUUCAGUGGACUGUUACAUACAAGAUGAUAACGAUAAAAGCGUGUAAUUGAUGUUCCCACUGGAAACCUGCCCUGUCCUUCCCUUCUCUUCAUUUCCCUUAACUCUCUCCCCAAAGUACAUUAGCUGAGAAGCUUUUCACCAGACUGUGAUUUAGUGGUGGCUUAUACCUAUUUAUAUUUGUAUUAAUUGCCUACAGAUUAUACCUCAUAUUAGCAGUUACACUACAGGAAAAAAUGUACUGGCAUAGGCUCAUGCUUAUCUUUGCUUUGUGAAAUUGUUCUAACUACUUGGAGAACAGUCUUUAAAAUAGUUUGACUCUUACUAUUAGUAAUAUUAAUCUUUUCUUCUAACCAUCUAGGCAACACUUAAACAGAGUUGAAAAAUAUUGUAGUAUUUAUUUUACACCCCUUCCCCACAAAGUUUAUGUUUGAAUUAUAUGCACAUGUAAGAUUUUUUGCAAUAAUUCACAGGUUCCAAAGGUAUUGCUGAAUGCUCAUACGUUUUUUGGACUUUGUUAUAAUUCAGUGUCUUAAGAAGGAUUCAACUGUAGAUUUUACAGUCUUACCUACUGAAUGCAAGUUUUUACAAAAGCACUGGAGGUCUUAAUUGCUAAACUGGUUGUAACAAGGCACUAAGGGUAAAAAAAAAAUUGUACAUGUAGUGAAGAAUAUAUUUAAAUCCAUCUUUUGAACAGAAUUAACAAAUGAACUUCUUUUUCAUUUGAGUGGGUUAUUUUCAAAUGAAGAUUAAAAUGUAGUCAUCUUGAUUUUUUUUUCAAAUUGGAGGAAAUAAUUUAUACCAUAUUAUGAGACAAGUAUGUACAGCAAAAAUGUGGAAAACAGUACCUGAGAGUUUGUAUAUAUAUUUAUGCCUUCCAAUCCUACCAGUAUAUUUGGCUUUGAACAAUGCUAUCCCAGCAGCCAGUCAUUAUCCCAACCCAUAACUAACUUUUAAGAAGUUUUAUGUUCACAGUGAAAGGAAUAUUGACUUUGAAAUGAUGCAUUUAUAUUAAUGUUACUAUGAGCCAGUGGGAAUAGUAAUUUUCACACAAACUUGCUAAAUAUUGGGAGACUAAACUACUAAGUUAAUAAAUUAUAUAUAGUAUAAUGUAGCUGUUCUCUCUAGACAAAGUCUCACAAUGGAUUUCUGUUGCUUGACUAUUUUCUUAGUGAACAUUUGAACUAAGGCAGUGGCUUGGAUUGGUGAUCUGGCUAAAUACUUUGAAACAUAUUUUGAAUAAUAUAACUCGGUGUUACUAGGGGAAUAAAAUAUGAUUUUUUUCUUACUCA